AUGGGCAAGCCAAAAUAUAUUCUAUUGGUCAGACAUGGUGAAUCGGAAGGGAACUGUGACAAGUCAGUGAACAGGCACACACCCAACCAUAAAAUUUGCUUAACAUCCCAAGGUCAUGAGCAGGCACGCAGAGCAGGUCUUGUUCUCCGAGAGUUUCUCGAACAAUUUGGAGAAAAGGACGGUGUUAAUGCCAGAAGCGUACUCUUCUACACCUCUCCGUAUUUGCGUGCUCGCCAGACAUGUCAUGAUAUAAUAGAGGGGAUCAAGGACCUUGAAGGUGUUCAGUACCAAGUGAAGGAAGAAGCAAGAAUGAGGGAACAAGAUUUCGGAAAUUUCCAGAGCACGCCCGAGGAGAUGGAGAAAAUCUGGGCACAGCGAGCCCACUAUGGCCACUUCUUCUUUAGAAUUCCCCAUGGUGAAAGUGCAGCAGAUGUAUACGACAGAAUUGCUAGCUUUAAUGAGACGCUCUUUCGACAGUUUCACCAAGACAAGUUCCCUAACGUGUUGGUUUUGGUCACACAUGGAAUUUGGGCUAGAGUGUUUUUGAUGAAGUGGUUCCGGUGGAGCUACGAGGACUUCGAGUCUUUGAGGAACAUUCCGCAUUGUCAUUUUUUGAUUAUGAAACAGCAGAAGACCGGGCGUUACUUGCUAAAAACACCUCUCAAAACUUGGGAUGACUUACGUGAUCUGGACGUAGAGGAAGAGAUCAGCAAGGAGUUCACCCAAGAGGUAAACUUCAACUCCAUGAACAAGCUCGACAAUCCUGAUGACAUGGACAUUCACAGCAUCAUCAGGGCUCAAGUUGAAGCCAUUGAAGAGAAUAGACACAAGGAUAGGCAGAUUCGAGAAAAUUACAAGAAUACUUUGGUGAACAAGCUCUCUCAGGCCGACCAAAGCUUACAAAAUAGCACUGAAGACGUUCUGAACGUUGGGAAUUGA